AUGGUCAGUCCGUGGCAGAUGUGGCUUUCGCCUCGUCCGCAGCGUUCGGUGAUCGCUUUCAGCUCGCACAUUUACUCCAGUGACAACGCUGCUCUCUUCGAGUUUCUCAAAGAAGAGGACGGCCGGUGGGUUGUGAGGGAAACACACUACAUCAAUAAUCCCUUGGUGAAGGAUGGACUAUCUGGCCCACCCCUCCACAUACACUGGAAGCAAGCCGAGUAUUUCCAAGUCGAGCAAGGGGUGAUCGGGAUCCAUAAGGACGGAAAGCAGAUCAGGGCUUCGAAGGAUGAUGGCGUAAUUGAAGUGCCAGCCGGUACACGCCACAAAUUCUGGGCACAUCCUUCCAGCCAAGAAGACCUAAUCUUCAAGGUCUGGGCUGAGCCUCAAGGCCUCGACAACAGCUUUGACGAAAAGUUCAUCCGAAACCUGAUCGGAUAUCAGAGGGAUUGUAGAAUGGCAAACAUGGCGCCGUCUUUGUUUCAAAUUAUGUUAAUCUGCUACGACUCCGCAACUCUGGCUACACCACCCUUCUGGAUGCCCCUGUGGCUUCUUAGCUCGGUUCAGUAUAUCUUGGCUUAUUGGAUUGGGGGCCGCUUGUUAGGAUAUGAGCCAUCUUAUCCUGAGUACUAUAGGGAGCCUGGAGACAAGAAAGAGACGUAA